AAGGAAACCUCAUGGUUUUCACUUUUUUUCCGGGCACUGCUUCGCACCGCCGCCACCGUCUUCUGUAAUUUCUCGGCCCCAGCCAUCGUCCUCCGACGAACUCGCAAUCUCGCCUCGCGUAUCGGAAACUGCGUCCGCCGUCUUCUAGGAGAUCGAGGUCGCUCGCUCGCUCGCUACUGCGUCGCGCGAAGUCACGCCCCCUGUUCGUCAAAUCAUCACCUCCAGAUAAGAGACAUGAUAGAGAAAGAGACGACCUCUACCUUCAACAAAUCAACUGGCUUGCCUAGGAAGCGAUUCUACCGAGCACGAGCUCACAGCAAUCCACUGAGCGAUUCUCACUUUCCUGUUCCACUCUCCCCAAGUCAAUUUGAUUAUUCUCUUCAUUACCCUCAGUUGUUCCCUGCUCCGUCUGAUGACGAUAAUCCCAAAAGGAUUCAGUUUGCUGACGUUGGCUGUGGCUUUGGAGGGCUACUCGUUGCUCUUUCAACCGUAUUUCCCGACAAACUCAUGAUCGGGAUGGAAAUUAGGGACAAGGUGACUGAAUAUGUGAAGGAGCGCAUAUCUGCAUUGAGGACGACCAAUCCCGCUCAAUACCAAAAUGUCUCAGUCGUACGGACCAACUCUAUGAAGUACAUUCCUAACUAUUUUGAGAAGGGACAACUGACGAAGAUGUUCUUCCUAUUUCCGGAUCCUCAUUUCAAAGAGAAAAAUCACCGUCGCAGGGUGAUUAGCCCUCACUUGCUAGACGAGUAUGCAUAUACCCUGGCUGUUGGGGGCAUAAUAUACACCAUCACAGAUGUCGAAGAACUUGGAGAAUGGAUGAAGGGCUGUUUGGAGAACCACCCCAUGUUCGAGGCACUUACGGAGGGAGAACUCGAGAACGACCCGGUGGUGAAGCUAUUGACCAGUGCAACCGAGGAAGGCCAGAAGGUUGCCAGGAAUGGUGGGCAGACAUUUCAAGCAGUAUACAGGCGCAUUGCCCCAUCUCUAUGAAUAGAAAUCAACUAAUGGCUCUAGGUCUGUGUACUAGCAGGAAUUUUCUGGGACUAUCUUGAGUGAUCUUUCGUGCAUUUUUUGGGAUCCUUUGAAAGAUUGAGAUAUUAUUUAAAUCACCCCAAAAAAUUGCAUACCUGUAAUUUUAUCUCAGUCUUCGUUACUUCUACUUCUUCUUUUUUCUCUCUUGUUGUUCUGUACUUUAAUUUUUUGGCCAACUAUAUAUCCACACAUGAUUAUUACUGCA